UCGAAAAAAAUGGAUUCUCCAGUGAAUUAGAAAAUAAGACUUGAUUGAAAUCGUACCAUUAGCUAAAAUGAUUGACUGUCUAAUUGUCAAACGUUCAUUGAUCUGUCAAUUCUGGCGCAAGUAGAUCUGUUUCAUUUUAAUUGAAACUUGACAAGUGUAAUUAUUUAGUCUCUGUAGGCGUUAAUUGGAGCAUUUUGCUUUGGAAAGUAGCAAAUCUCACUUUAAGUUUAGUGAUAAUUUCAUUUGAUUAGUGAAAAUAGCUGAGUAUGAUUUUAAUUGUGUUCAUUUUUACAUUUCUAAUCGGUGGAAGUUUUUCCCAAUCAGAUAAUGGUUCAGUUUACAAAGAUUUAAGGACAAAAAUAUUGACCGGCUAUGAUACAAAUAUAAGACCUGUCAAAGAUUAUGAUCAACCAGUUAACGUUUCAGUUUUAAUUAGUCUGGAGCGACUAAUCAAUGUGGACACAAAGACAUCAACCAUUACGUUUGAAGCUUAUAUGGUUUUGAAUUGGACAGAUGAAUUUCUGGUUUGGAAUCCAAAUGAUUACCAAGGAAUUGAUCACAUUAACUUACCACCUAGCAUGAUUUGGAAACCAGAUGUAAUCGUAUCAGUAUCAUGGACUCGUUAUUACGAACAGGAUGAUCUUGACCUUCAGGUUAAAUCCAAUGGCCAGGUCUUGUGGAUAAGAGUUUUGAUUGUAUCUUUCAGGUGUGCGAUGGAUUUAAGUGACUAUCCUUUUGAUAAACAACAGUGUUUCUUCCUUGUCUUGACCAAGUUUGAUACGACAAACACUGUUCAACUUUAUCCCUAUUCAGAUGACAAGUUACCAGUAAUGAAUAUGGCACAAUCAUAUAAUCCAGAGUGGACAGUAAACUUUGACCGUAAUAUACUGAGCAACACUACAAAUCGUAACGACACCAAGCAAUACAUUUUUGUCUCUAUGACAAUGAAGCGUAAAUCAUCGGCAUAUCAUUACAUUCUGGUUAUGCCAUACUUUGCCUGUAACAUGUUGAUUUUAUACGCCUUUAUGCUGCCUCAAUCAUCACGCCGUCGACUCUUUCUUGGCUCAUUAGCUUUGUUUAUGGAUUUAAUGCUUUUAAUGCUUGUCGGCUAUGAGCUGGGUUUCGAUAGUAACCACAACACGCCAUAUGCAGUCAAGUGCUUGAGUAUAAAUAUAAUUAUGGUGAGCCUCUUUAUUAUCAUCAGUAUCUUUGGAUCUCGUUACAUUGCUAAGUCAACUUCGCAGGCUCCCCUUUGGGUCCAAGGAUUAGUUAAAAAUGGCUUUGUUGGAAAGUUCCUUCUGAUCCAAGUAUCUUCCAAAGAGUUGGCUGAUAUUGAUUCUGAAAUGGCCAAAUUAAAUAUUCAAUCUCAAUCAUCAACUGGAACAACCGAGAUGGAUCAACGAUCAAGUGAUUGGAUUCUGUUGACAGCCAUCUUGGACCGAUUAUUUCUUAUUAUUUAUACAAUUUCAUUCAUUAUCUACCAUUCCUGAUUCUAUCUGAUUUUUCAUCUUUUUAAAACUAAUAUUGUUUUUGCAUUUUGUUAACCUUUACUAUUUACUGCAAUUCUGGUGCAAAAAGGCUUUAGCCUUCUUAUAUGCUUGGACAAUGGGCUUCAGUUGGGUAAUUCAACAGGCUAAGAUAUAUCGGCUUCAGUCAACUUUAUCAUAUUCAACUUGACAUAUUUUCAUAUUUUGUUGUCUAUUACUAGCAAUAUUUUAAAUUAAUUGAUUAUUGGUUAAAAAUUUUCUAUUGUAAAUAUUCCUUGGAUGCAAUGACUCUAUGGCCUUAGUGAUCUUAAUUAUGUAACAUUUUUUGUCAACAUACAACUCAAUCAAUCUUUAUUGUGUACUUGAGAAGAUCUAAAAAUAAUGCAGUUUACCUGGAAACAUCGAUUAGGGUUCCAGAACUUUGUUUUUUUAAAUCAUUGGGUGGGACUUGGUUCUUCGACCAUAAUAAAGAGUCAAGAAAGCUUAACAUGGUUAAUCUUUAUUGUAACUAAUCACAAUUAUCAUCAUGUCUUUAAUUUUUACCUGGGAAAGCAUCAGCAACUUAUUCUCACUUCAAUUUUUCUCAUCAAAAAAUCCAUGACAAGUUGCAGAUUAAAAUCAAUAUUUCAUUCUUAUUUUUCACCCAGGAUCAGAAUCAAUUGAUAAGUAUUUAAGUAGAUAUCAAGUAUAACCUGUAAAGUUUACUAUUGGAUGUAACAUUAGUGUAAUAAUAACAUUAAUAAUAAAAUGAUAAUCAA